AUGCAGGACUACAUGUGCGGAGAAUGUGGAAAGGGGUACAAGUGGAUGGCGAAUCUUCGUAGACACCAGAGGCUCGAGUGUGGAAAGCUGCCCAAGCAUCAUUGGAAACGAGCGGACCUGAGCGAUUGGUUCGUGAAGCAAGAGAACGAGUACGAGGUGCCGCAAACUUUGUUCGAGUUCGUCGCCAGCAGCUACGAGUCGGCGGAAGCGGAGGAACGAAAGAAGGCGGCGAAGAGCGUGAUCUGCGAAGAAUGCGGGAAGAGCUUCUCGAGGCUCGACAGCCUUCGAAGACACGAGAAGAACUAUUGCAGAGUAAAAGGAGGCAGAAUGUAUUGCCGUUUCUGCGGCAAAAAGUUCGCCAAGCCGCUCUCGUUGAUCUCUCACGUGAAAUCUGUCCAUUCGACUCUCCUUUUGAAAUCGCAGACCCAAUAA